AUGGCGUUUUCUUAUGAGCACUACAUGAAUCUGCUGUCCCAUUUGGAGUGCGCUUCGGAGACCGUACCGCCAGAUAUCGCAAGACGAAUAGUGUCGCAUGCAGUGGCACCAGUGAUCACAGUCACUUCGAGUCUGGCACUCGAUGAUCACAUCAUGGAGAGCUACAAAGUGCAGUCUGCGUACCUCUUGUUCAGACUCUUUGGAGGGUGUAUCUCCGACAGAGACCAGUUGAUGGAACAUUACACACUGGAUGACAGCUCGACCGGCGGACGCACUAGGAAGAGAUCAAACAGUUUGUUCCAGAGAGACGCAACACAGUCCCAGUUUAUAAGGUUUGCUCAACCGUUGCCAGAUCUGCUGCGGUCGUACACGGAACAGCAGGGACUCUUUGAUAACGAUUCUCUGGAGUGGUACCUGACACAUUACCUCUCUUGGAUCCAAAAAUUGACCGCUACUGAUCCGGAGAAGGUUGAGCAGUUACCCGAUGAACUGACACCGUCAUCACCACCACAACGGGGGAAGCCUCUCCCGCAUAAACUACUACGCAAUGCUGUAUACCAUAACUUCUUCGCUCUGGCUGUAUCCUCAACAACUAGAAUAUCACCCUUUGAGACAUUCAACGUCCCAGUGAUGAAUCUGAUUGCGAUUGACGUAUCUAGGGGGCAAGACUACGAAGUGGUACGAGACCUGGUGACAACUUUCAAAAAUUUGAACAAGUUCUUAGAGGAUUUCCCAGUCUUCAUCAAUGUUAACGAUAUCUUGCCCAUGAUAGUGCUGUGCUACGAUGCAGCAGACGAAACCCAGCUGGCCACAUGUGAACAAUUACAACGCAAGAUCAAGAAAUGUUUAUUUGUAGAUAGUAUCCCGUUGGCACUAUGGGACGAGGAUCCAGAAUCACCACUUGUGCCACUGCAUGAACCGAUCAUGUCCUCACUGGACGAAAUUGUGAAAUUCUACAGUUCAAACAGCAGUGCGGGAGGAGACGAAGUUGGUACAGAUGGUCACUCAAGGGCGGCGCUGCCGUUAAACAUCAUAACGCACAUGUACCAAGCACUCGACGUUCUAGUAGAUGAAAUGCUCAUACCUUUCAUGCACAGGAAGACGAAAUACUGGGAGGAAAACAUUCUUCAACCACGGAAAUCCAUCUUCCAUGGAUCAAACAACUUCUUCAAAAAAUUCAUAGGUAAAACAACAACACAGAGAGAUCCCUCAGAUACACAAUUCUUCCCAGCGUCUUCCACAGAAUGCCUGCUACGUAAACUAGCAGAUUGGUCCCUAAUGCUCUCGGAUUUCAAGACUGCGUACCUGACUUACGACUCACUCUCUAACGACCUACAAAACUCACCAAAUUACCUUGCAUCGUGCCUCGAAUGGUGUGCAGUAUCACUGCUCCUCGGGGCACAAAACAUAGUCACCGUGAAAAUGAUCAAGACAGAGAUAACUCCACUGAUAGAAAGGGCAGUCGCCACGUACAGGCAACAGGGCCGCAGCUCGUACGAGACACGGUGCAUGAUUCUCUCCGCAGAAUUGUUCUUGGCCUUGAGAGACACUUGGACAUCAACUCCAUACGCAAUACGGUACCUAGAGACCAUCCUCAGGGACUGUCCGCAACUGGGGGCUUGCUCCCAGGUCAUGAUAUGGGAGAGGCUCAGCGAUUGCUACCAAUCCCGCACAGACCCAAGGGUUGCAUCAGCUCUCAGUACAAACACAUCGCCUGGAUCUGCCCAGCCGGGAAACGAGAUCCUCGCACAGGGGUUCACCAGGAAGAGGAAGGCGGCAUUUUUCCGGCUAAUAGCAGCAAAGAAAUGGGCAGAACAAGGCCAAUGGCGCCAGGUUCAAUGGUGUCUGCAUGACAUCAAGGAUAUAUACACUGCUUCAGCACUGUACGAUAAAAAGGGACUUCUAAUUGAUAGACUAAAUACAGAAGUUCAAAGUUUCUCUAUGUAA